UCUUCGAUAUUCACAGUCGAUUGUGAGUCAAAAAAAUGUCACAGUCCAUUCCGGUGGAGAUCCCUUCCGAUGAAGAAGAAAACGAAGCUCGUUCUCCUUUCAAUUCUCACUCCAACAGCAACAAGAAGAGAAGAAGCGAUAAAGAAGGAAACAUCCCUCCGCCGGUUCUCGUGCUCGAUGACGACCCUACCCCUCAGAAACCCAAAUUCAAACACACCCUAACAGCAUCUUCAUCCUCAUUCGUCCCCGAAACUCCGAUGUCUUCCGACCUCUUCAACUCUAGCGUUUGCAUCGUCAAAUGCACGGCUAGAUUCUCCGAUACAAACCCUAGGUCUUCCUCCGCCGAUGAAAAAAUUUCCGGGAUUAAUGGUUUGAUAUGUUUGGAGUCCGACAAAGAAUCUGAAAGUGGUUUGGAGAGGGAAAACUAUGACGUGAAUGACACCAUGGAUGGUGUUGUUUCUGCUGCGGUGAGAUGGUCUGAGAUGAGCACGAAAUUCCUUGACCCUGCCUCCUCCCAUGGAGCUUCUAAUUCUGUACAAAUUUCUGGGGACAGUCCUAUUCUUGGUGACUGCACUUUUGAAGAUGCUAUUCAUCAGAUAGACUCUGACCAUGACAAAGAAAAUGUCACGUUGGAGCGGGUAGAUAAUGCCGCAAAGCGGAAGGGUAAAAAUGUCGAAGUCAAUGCAGAGAAGAAAAAAAGUAAGGAUGAAUUAAUGGCUAGAAAGAUGCAAAUGAGAGAAGAAAAGAAAUUGAAGAGGGAGCAAGAGAAAUUGCAAAAACAAGCUUUGAAGGCUGAAGCAGUGGAGCUAAAAAAGUUGGAAAAAGAAAAGCAGAAGUGGGAAAAUGGGAAAUUUGCACUAAAAUCUAUAGUGGCCGAAAUUGAUGCCAAAGUUGUUGAACUGGGCUCUAUAGGAGGACAUCUCCUUACAAGGUUUUCCGAGAAAGGCCUUACUUUUCGUAUAACAUCCAAUCCUAUUGAAAGGUCAAUUGUUUGGAGAAUGGCUGUGCCUGAACCAAUUUCACAGCUUUCCUCCAAGGGAUCAGAAGUUCCAUAUGUGUUACUAGUUUAUGAAGCUGAUGAGUUCUGUAAUCUAGUCAUCAAUGAAUCUCUCAUGGAUCAAGUUUCUAGAGUUAAAGAUUUUUAUCCAUCUUACACAAUUUGCUACAUCACAAAUAAGUUAAUGGCCUAUAUCAAUAAAAGGGAUCAGGAAAAAUACAAGAACCCAUCAAAUGAUGAUGGUUGGAGACACCCACCAGUUGAAGAGGUGCUGUCAAAAUUAACCACUCAUUUUGUUAGGGUACAUUCAAGGCAAUGCAGAGAUGAAGCUGAAUUAGCUGAACAUGUUGUUGGUUUGACAUGCGGCCUUGCCACUUGCCAAUUUAGAAAGAAGUUGACACGACUAUCUGUAAAUGCCAAUGGUUCAUUCAUUUCCAAGGAUUUCAUUGAUAAGAACCUGAUUAAAAAGAAUGUGUGGUAA